AAUUACUCCAUUGCAAUCACACGUGGCAUUGCGACUUGCCAGGCAAAAAACACAAUUGGGUGUAUUUCACUGUAUCAACGCAAAGGCCUGUACUUGUUCGUUGCAAAAAGAUUGGGGCUGUAGGUGAAGACGCCAUGAUCAGCGUUCUUGCUCAGGAGCGUGUACUUGGCGCUGCAAUGGGAAGCAUGAUCACGGGGGUUAUCGUUUUCGAGCAACGCAAGAGCAUCUACAAAUCAAUUUCAAAAAAUCAACCUCAAUUUACUACCCAAUCUCAGAUGAGAGAGCCUUCUCUUGGAAAGAAAUCUCAUUUUGAGUUUGCAAACCUUUGGAACAAAGCCGUGGAUCAGACACUAGGACGUGCAAUUGAGUUUCUUAGCUCGCGUGGGUGGUAGAAAUGUUCCGGUAAUUCCAAUACUGAUAUAUGGAUUAUAUUCCUUCCAUUAUGUGACAUUUAUAUGUGUGACGGCUUUCCCCCCAUUCUUUUUACUUCUGAUGUGUAGGAGGGACACAGCCUGUAACAGGAGCUUUAUUAUAGAUACCUAUCAUUGUUCAUUCUGCUGCUGUUGUUGAUGCUUAAUUAAAAUCACUUCGGUGAAGAUUUUUGAUACUAUUGCUGUCUUUCCACUACAUUGUGAAACCCUCAAGACUUGUGUGUGUUGCCAACCCUGUAGACAUGGAUUACAUGAUCAAGGUGUGAAUUCUAUGACAUGGUAUUUGUCUACUUGAUAACAUUUAAUUUAUCCGUCAUUUCAUUGGCAUGAAGCCGCACAUUGUUCCUCUUUAUGGAAGUAUAACGCCAAUUUUUAUGUUUAUAGGA